CUGAUUACAGAGCAGCGACACUUUAAAACCUGUGAAACUCCCUGAUAACCCACAGUAUCAAGUCUGUGGAGAAAACCCACAUCAUCAUCAUGCGAUUGUUUCUGGUUUUACCUCAUCUGCUGUUGUUUCUAUCAGUGUUUUCUUUGACCAGAACACAAACAUCUGCACCAUCAACAUAUGCAGCUACAACACCGGCAGCAGUUACACAAACAACUGCACCACCAACACCAACUCCUCCUCAAACAAAAGCUCCAACAACACCACUGACAACUACAACUUCUCCAAAAACACCAACAAUAACUCCUCCAAGAACAACUGUAACAACAUCUCCGACAUCACCACUGCCAGCACCACAAAUCUUCUACCCGUUCGGUUCGGCAGCAGGAGACUCAAUAAAUCCUGCUGCUGAUGAUGGAGGCUCCUCUGUUAUUCCACUGUUGAGUCCAUUUCUGUACUUUGGCCGCACAUACCAGCAGAUUUACGUUAAUAACAAUGGAGACCUCACAUUCAGCCAGAAUUUAGAACAAUAUGUUCCCUACGUAUUUCCAGGUAAUGGAAGUCAAGAUAUAAUUGCUGGACUCUGGACUGACCUUGAUAACCGUGAGAGAGGAGUUGUCUCUUAUAACCAGUACACUAAUGGAAGUGUUCUCACUCGCGCCACUCAGGAUAUCAACAAUUAUUUCCCAUAUCUGACCUUCACUGCUUCUUGGGUCUUUGUUGCAACGUGGGAUAAAGUUGCUUACUAUCCCGUUACAGACACAAAAACAUCUUUUCAAAUGGUCUUAAUUUCUGACAGUAGUAAUUCAUUUGUCCUCAUGAAUUAUGGUGACAUUGCUGUAGCGGGACAACAAGUGGAGGCUGGUUAUGACACCAUAAACUCCACAAAUUACUUUGUGAUUCCUGGAUCAAACAACGGGAUCUCCAUCUCAAAUCUCCAGAACUCCAGUAAUGUCAGUGAUCCAGGCCGAUGGGUUUUCAGGGUGGACGGUGGACCAGAGACAAACAGAGAAAAUGUUGUUGGACUUCAAGCAGACCUUGUCUCAUUUUUGGACCUAACAGAAAGUGCAAACAUGCAGAUUGUUUUGCAGCAAAUCAAGCAGGAGCUGGUCAAGAAAGGUCUUCCUAGCAACAUAAACCUGGAAUUAAGAAAAAUAAAAAAGAUUAAUCCAUAGAGUCCAUCAAAAAAAAAAUUAAAAUAAACAAAACCAUAUGUCCAGUGGUGGUAAUGAUGCUUUCAUAUAAAAGAUAUACAAAA